AGUCGUCACUGGACUCGCCUAUCCUUCAAAGUUCGAACCACUCCACCAAGCCACGAUGACCCUUGUGCUCCAGUAGUAAUUACUGCUCAAAUUUUCAACUUCAUAUCCUUCCAAAGAUAAAAUUUUCCCCCAUUCCUCAAAAUCUACUCUCUGAAUUCUUGCGUGCGCACAUACAAACCGAGCUCUCCAUUUCCCAAGCUCCUCGGAAGCCAUGUCUUCAACCAUGUUCCUCCUGCUAACCGUCACCCUCGCCUUACUCUCCGCCGCGCCCUCCGCCGUCGCUGAUAAACCCACCGUUUACGAAGUUCUCCAAUCUUACGACUUUCCUGUUGGGCUCCUGCCGAAGGGCGUCACCAGCUACGAGCUGGACCCCAGCACCGGCAAGUUCUCUGUGUAUUUUAACAAAAGCUGCAGCUUCACCAUAGACGGCUACGACCUCAAGUACAAGAGCACAAUUACCGGCACGAUUUCGACGGACAAGAUUAAGAAUCUGAAGGGUAUCCAAGUGAAGGUUCUGUUUUUCUGGGUGAAUAUCAUUGAGGUGUCUAAGGAUGAUAAUGAAAUUGACUUCUCUGUCGGUAUUGCCUCCGCCAGUUUUACGGUGGACAAUUUUUACGAUAGCCCGCAGUGUGGUUGUGGAUUUGACUGUGUGAAUGCUGUCGCCGCAGAGAGGAGUGGGAGACUUAGCCUCAAAAGGGUUUUCCCUCUUCUUGAAGUAUAAUCUUGUUGGAGCUCCAGCGUCUGAAGGCACUCACUCAUUUUGUAGUUUCUGAAGUAAAUUAUGGAGAUUGGAGGGCGAGUGUCAUCAACACUCAUGUUUACAGGUGAGGUAUUAGUACUUGAGCUUUUGAUUAGUGCUGAUCCUCAAGUAGUAGACGCAGCAAAGCCAUGAUAUUAUGCGUAGGAAUAAGUAGUCAUCAACAGAUUUAUUACGUAUUUAGGUGGAGUUAGUUUUACUAUGAUGAUGCUAUUCUGUGUUGUAAUCUUCCUCUUCAUAUGAAUAACAGACGCUUUAUAAUCGGAGUUAUAAUUGAAAUUUUCAUUUCCAAGUCCUCUA